UCCUUGUAUUUCUUCGUUCUUUUUCGGGCUCCUUCGUGGCUGUUCGACUUCGCUCAUCGAAGGCGUUCCCUUCCUGUUGGAUCGGAAGUUACGACAUUUUAAUCGGAAGCAACGAAGGGAGCUCGCCCGCUGUGAAGGUAACAUUCUCCCUUUCGCGCGCUUCUUCGACCAAAUCCCGUAAAUCCGCCGAAUCAGAGGAUUUUGGAAAUCCGGGAUUCACCAGAAAAGGGGUAAUUUUCCAUCUACGGCGGCUUUCAUUUAUACUGUGAGAUUUGGUUUUGCAUUUUAGCCCAUUCGGCUGGAUUUCGCUCAAAUAUCCUCAAAUCCGGCAUAAAUCCUGCUACAAACAGCCCCGAAGGUGGCUCAAGUGGAGGUGUGUCCACCGCACCAAUUGAAAGUUGAUGGAGGGUGCAGGGGCUUCAGGAUCAGGGCAGGCUACUGCUUCUGUGGUUAAGAAGAGGAGGAGUUCUUCGAUAAGAAGACCCCGGCAAGGCUCACCAUUGCAUUUUGGGAGUCGUGACCCAUCAUCACUUUCUUCUACACCAUCUUCUGAUAACACAAACAAGUUCUCUCCUGAUGACAGUUCAGGAUAUGAUGGCAGCUCACGUAGGAAGGAAAUUUUUCUCAACUACCCUCCUCCUAAGGUUGCUUCUCUUAGUAAAUUUGAUGAUGCCGCUCCAUCAAGGAAGAAAAAGAAAGAUGAUAGAACACAUGGAGAAUUUGAUGCGCAUUAUGCAAGCAGCAGUUUAAGAGAUCAUGGGCGGGGUGGAUCAGAUGUGAAGCGAAGCAGUGAAGGUGUUCUUGCCCCCAGUAACUGGAAGGGCUUAAGCAAAUUUAAGGAGAAUCCUGACAUGCAGUCACUUUCUCCCGAACAGUAUGGACAUAACUUGCAUCAGUCAGCUGGAUCUUCUAGCGCCUCAGUUGAGAACAAGCUGAAAAAAGUGAAGCUCAAGGUUGGUGGCGUCACUCGCACAAUUCCUGCAAAAUCCAACAUUGAAACUGGCAACAUUGGAUCUUCAUCCAUAAAAUAUUCGCGCUCUUCUGAUGCAUCUCGACAUCGAACGAAGAUCAUGUCUCAGGACAAUUCUGAUGCGAAUCAUGGUUCACGUGGAGAUCCUUGGAAGGAUGGUAGUGGAGCAAAUUCUUAUAGAAGUAAAAUUACUGAAGGAAAUUUAUCUGGAAUGCAAAGGGAUCAAAACCAAGGUUUAUUCUCUGAACCCAUUCGGAAGAGCAGGAGGGUGCCAAAGAAGCGGGUCUUGGAUGGUGAAUUUGAUGAUGGCGAGGAAGAUGAUGAGCUCCGUUAUAUUGAAAGGCUCAAAACCUCUAAGGGUUCUGUUGAUUACACUGCAGAAAAUGAGAGAGAUGGGUCCAAGAAAAGGAAGCUUUCCAAGGUAGCUAAAGUUAGGAAUACUUCAUAUCCGGUGGAUGAAGACUACAACUUUUCAAGAAUGACCAAAGAUGGCAGGAAAAAGUCCAGGUCAGGCAGGUUUUCUGAGGAUAGUGACUAUGUUGAAGAGGAUGAACCUGUUUCUGAUGAUAAUCCUGAGGAGAAAAGGAAGAAGCAAAAGAAAUUAACUGCUGAUUCAUCUCCUGAUGUGCGAUUGGAACCUCUUACGACACGACAGAGAGCUCUGCAUCCAGGUAGAGAUGGCGGUGGCUCGAGCCUGAUUGAGUUUCCUGAUGGGCUACCUCCAGCUCCUCCAAGAAAACAAAAGCAGAAGCUAUCUGAGGUGGAGGAGCAGGCUAAGAAGGCAGAAGCAGCUCAGAGACGGAAAAUGCAAGUGGAGAAAGCUGCUAGAGAAUCAGAGGCUGCAGCAAUUAGGAAAAUACUAGGAUUGGAUUCUGACAAGAAGAAAGCUGAAAAGGAGAAAGCUCAAGCAGAAAAAGCCAAAGCUGCUAGUUGUCAAAUAUCAGAGGGUAAUAGCAUCAGAUGGAUUAUGGGACCUACUGGUACUGUUGUUAGAUUCCCAGAUAGUGUUGGCUUGCCCAGCAUAUUUGAUUCCAAGCCAUGCAGCUAUCCUCCACCAAGAGAGAAAUGUGCGGGACCAUCAUGUACAAAUCCAUAUAAGUAUCGGGAUUCGAGAUCAAAUCUUCCGUUGUGCAGUCUGCAGUGUUACAAAGCUGUCCAAGGAACUACCAAUCACAUCACAUCAUGUUGAAAAUUUUUUGCUCCUUAGGUUAAGUAUUGUCAUUUGAUGAAAAAUAAUACCUCUACCUUACGUGGUGUACUAAAUUUGUUUAUGAUUGAAAUCUGAAAUUUUCCUUGUUCAA